AUGGAUGCACCAGUGGUGGUAGUGGGCUUGGGCGGUGUUGGUAGCCACUGUGCUCAUGCCUUACUGCGAGCAGCAACUGGUGCUGGUGCAACUGCGCUACGACACCUUCGCUUGGUGGAUUUUGAUCGCGUCUCGCUCUCCUCAUUAAACCGCCAUGCAGUGGCACUGCGACGUGACGUGGGCGUCCCAAAGGUCGCCUGUUGCGCCGAGCAUUUCCGGGCCAUUUCCCCGCAGCUGGUGGUGGAUGCCCGCGAUGCCAUGUUCACCGCCGAGGCCGCCGAGGAGCUGUUGCUCUUGGGCGCCACGGGGCAGCUGGAACGACCCAAGCUGGUGGUGGACUGCAUAGAUGACCUCAAUACGAAGGCGGAUCUCUUGGCGUUUUGCACUGAGCACAGCUUGCCAGUGGUCAGUGCACUGGGCAGUGGUGCAAAAGAUGAUCCCACGAAGAUGUGUAUCGCACAAGGACUUCGCGACAUAGACAAUGACCCAUUGGCAACGAAGCUAAGGAGAACCAAACUGGGGGAUAUGGACUGGAGCCAAAUCUCGUUCGUUUACUGUUCCCAAAAGGUUCAGAGAGCUUUGCUACCGCUCAGUGACGAGCAGCGGAACAAACCAGAUGAGUUUGGCAGUGUUGCAAACUUUCGCUUGCGAGUCAUUCCAGUUCUUGGAACACAACCUGCGGCUGCUGGAAUGGCCAUUGCAGCUCAAGUGUUGAAUCGCAUGGACAAUUUGGAGGAUUUCUGGCCACAGCCCACACCUGCCCCGCGCCGCAACCUGAUUGAUAAACUCUUGGACAGUUUCAAGCGAAAUGAGUUGAAAAACUCCGGGGGUCGCACUUGCCUGGUGGAUGUGACGCCGGCAGAAGCAAGUUUCAUGGUGCAUGAAGUGUGGUUUGGACGCAGCGCCUUAAAUCCCGAGCUCGAUGCCUUUGCAGCCACUGGCAUUCGAUUCACCCUAACUCGGUGGGAUGUUCGUCAACCAGCAACCGCAGAGAACAUCAUUUUGGCCACAGUUGCAGAGGCAGAGAAGCAUCAGAGGCCAGAAGAUGUAGAUCCUGUGGUUCGAAAGCGCAUCGAGGCCUCCUUGCUUUGGGCCAAACGUUGCUUGCUUCGCCCAUUGCAACUGGCAGAACUGGCAGCAGCACCAAUGUCUCUGGCUUCAAAUGGCGAGUGUGAGGCUGUCAGCAGAUCAGUUGCGCUCCCACCGCGACCGCGCAGAGCGUGGGAUGAUGAGGAAGCGGCGCUUGUUGCAGAGCAACUCUCACGAAGUUCAUCUUUCUUGGGUGCUGGACAUGAGAAGGUGCAGAAAUCCUCCAUUGUUAUUGUUGGACUAGGUGCCGUUGGAAGUUCUGCAGCCAUCUUGCUGGCGAGAGCUGGGGUUGGAAGGUUGCGAUUGGUGGAUGGAGCUGUUGUGCAUUCUACUGCUCAUGCACUGGCCAAGGCGGCAGACCUUGGCCGACCCAAAGUUGACGUUUGCAAGGAGGUGAUGCUGGCGGUGUUGCCGCACCUUGAAAUUGACGCCGUGCAAGAAGAGCUUCGGAAUGGAAAUGCAGAGACUCUUCUUGGAGUCGGAGACAACUUACCAGACCUCAUCCUGGACUGCAUGGGUGGCACAAAGGGCAAGGAAGUUCUUGUGCGCUAUGGUGUGGAGCAGAAGAUCCGUGUGAUCUCGGUCUUCCCCACGACGCAAAGAUGCCCUGCGGAUCCGUCGCGGCUGGGGGUGGCCCAGCUGAACGAAGUUUGGGCCUGUCCUGCGGCGGUGGCACUGAGGGGUCGACUGCACCUGGAGGAUGCAAUGCUUGUGGAGGUGGAUGUGGUCUACUCGCAGGAGCCUGGCCUGUGGGCCAAGGCGCCUCGACCACCUCGUGGAGUGGAACAUCGGCUUCAGUUGGGAGUGACCGCAGCUGCAACGGCCAUCCUGCGCAUCACUGGAGGGAAGGUCCCAGAACAGGCAGAUCCAUGUGGAAUGAAUUUCUGGAAGAAGCUACGAAACAGUUUGGAACGACAGGAGUCAGGUCAUGAUCAAUUGCCAGAUCUACAUGCUAUUGGAUGUAUUGCAGACUACAUUUGGCGAGGGCGAAGUGCUAUCAGCUCAAGUAUCGGUGCCAAACAUUCGGACAUGGCCAUCACCCGUUGGGAUCUUUCCAAGCCUGUCGACUUGGCCAAUGUGGUGCUGAUGACCUCAGAUGAAGCGCAGCAGCAUCGCGCAGCGGCUCUAAGUACAGGAUCCCUGCCACAGGCUGUGCUCGAUGCUCUUCAAAGCCAAAAGGAUGACGCGGAUGUUGCGGAUGAUGCGAAACACUUUCGACGGAUUCACAGAAUCUUACAGAAACUCAGGCAGCAUCUGCAGGCCAGCUACACUGGUCUGUCAAGAGCUGUCAAGGAUGUACCUCCAAAGGUCGAUGAAGUGCAGGCAGAUGUAGCUGGACCCAGUUCCUCAAACAUACCAAGCUCACCGAGCAGACCAAGUAGAUGGGGCUUUGCAGGCUUAGUGGGUGAAACCAAAUUGGUGGAGCUUCGAUGUUUGUCUGCGACCAACUGCAAGAUCUUUGGUAAAGCAGAGUUCAUGAGCCCUGGCGGUUGCCAAAAGGAUCGUGUGGCCCGGCAAAUCAUCAAUGAAGCUGUUGCCUCUGGCACCUUGGCCAAAGGUGGAACUAUCGUUGAGGGCACAUCUGGCAGCACAGGGAUCUCACUCUGCUUGGCAGCUGCCGCCCUUGGAUACAACGUUCAUGUUGUCAUGCCUGAUGACCAAGCAGGAGAGAAAGCGGCGCUCCUAAAACGAUUUGGUGCCACUGUUCAGAUGGUGCGACCUGCCAGUAUUUCAAGCCCUGAGCACUAUGUGAAUGUGGCUCGGAGACAUGCUGAAAAGCUGAAUUCUGAGUCUUCCAACUCCGCACUCUUUGCGAAUCAGUUUGAAAACCCUGCAAACUUCCGAGCUCACUACCAAACCACUGGACCAGAGCUUUGGCAGCAAUGUGCUGAGUUGGAUGCCUUCGUGAUGAGUGCAGGAACUGGGGGCACUUUGGCAGGUGUGGGCAGGUUCCUCAAGGAACAAUCCUCAAGGAUUCAGGUUGUUUUGGCAGAUGUCCAGGGUUCAUCCCUCUACUACAAAGUGGCCAAGGGUGUUCUCUAUGCGCCUGAACAGGAAGAGCGCUCCAUCCGGCGACAUCGCCAGGAUACCAUUGCAGAAGGGAUUGGAAACGACCGCUUGACCGCCAAUUUUGCCAUGGGCUUGCAGGAACACAGCGGAAGUCCAGGCAUUGAUUCUGCCGUGAGAGUCUCUGAUCAGGAAGCCUUGGACAUGGCACACCAUUUGCUUCGCCACGAAGGUCUGUUUUUGGGAAGUUCUGCAGCAGUGAAUUGCGUGGCUGCAGUAAAAGUGGCCAGGACUUUGACCCCAGGGAGUACUGUGACCACCAUCCUUUGUGACAAUGGACAACGACAUCUGACCAAGUUUUACAACCCAGCUGCAUGGGAGGAGUAUGGCCUCAACCCGGCUGCCCUGGCUCGCCUCCGAAGUGGCUGCGACCGGGGCAUCAUGCCUGGUGUUCCUGCUGCAGCCCGCACAAAUGGCUUUUUGCACCUCAUGCCCGAGCUUCCCAGGAAGCCCAGGCGGAGCUGGUAUGGCGCACCGCGUUUGGAACCAGGUCGCCAGUCCUUGCCGCCAAAGCCAAGGUUGGUUGAGACUCGGAAGUGUCUCCUGGACACAACAGCUAUGAGCUGCACGAUGCUCGCAUCUGAGCCUUUGGAUACCCAGUCAACCGAUGCCUUUCUGGCACAGACAGCGCGGACAAGUGUCCUGGAGCUUCGCGAGAAGCGUUUGACACUGAAGAAGCAGUUUCAAAGCGCCAGGCGCUUGAGGCUCUCGGUGCUGCAAUCAGCACAAGAAGGUCUCUCCGUAAAGGCAGUGUUGGAACUGCAGAAAAUGGAGCAGGUCUCACCCUCCAUGAAAGCUGCAGUUGCGGCCGCCAUUUGCAUGGUCUCUGGCCAUUAUGAGUCAGCAAUACAGGUGGAGCCAUUAAGCUUGAGCAGAGCUGCUUGGCCCGAGCUCAGGGCAUUGGUGGUGAAGCCUGGCCAAGUAAUCAGUGCACUCCGAAACUUCUCCUUCGCAGUGGAUGGCGGCAAUGUACCUGCAAGGGUUGUGCAGCUGUCUAAAGAGUGCUACGAGGCCAGCGAAGGCAGUCCAGCUACAGAGGAGCCGUGCCUUGCUGUGGGCAUUCCAGUUCGUUAUUUUCUACUGGGCGAUGACCAGCAAGCUCAGCGCAAACUUGUACUAGCCAAGCAGAGGUGUAUCGCGGAUACAGUGGCGCGACUCUCUGAAAGCUUUGGGGACGAUCUGCUGAAGAGGUUGCAAAAGGUGACACCAGUGCUUGUCACUGGUAGCUGUGGGUACCUGGGAGAAGCAUUGCUCUCACUGCUGUGUGCAGUGGGUUUGCAGGCUCAGGGACUGGACCUCAUGGCCAAGGAGCCUGGGAGCAUCGCAGGAGAUGUCUCUGCAGAAGAAACGGUUCAGCGCGCAGCUGAGGGCUGUAGAUCCAUCAUCCACACUGCAGCUUUGCAUGCGCCGAACUUGGACUUCUACACAGAGGCAGAUUUCAGACGCAUCAACUUGGAGGGAACUCGCCAUGUGCUGAACACUGCAAGCAAGAUGGGCAUGGUCGGCGUGGUUUUCUCUUCUACCACUUCCUUGAUGAACACCCUCAAGGUGAAGGAACAGACAAGGUCGGAUAUGAUGGUCUUGAGGGCCACGGAGGACUAUGGCACCCCACGCAACAUUUAUGGAGUGACCAAGAAGCUGGCGGAGGAAUACUGCAAAGAAUCUAGCUGCAGCGUGGCAAUUCUGAGAUUGAGCCGCUUCUUUGCUGAGGACGCCUAUGACACUUCCAUGGACCCUUCUCAGCGCAGCUCACGGCUGACAAACGGAAACGUCAAGGCCAAUGAACUGCUCUGUGGCACGCGAGCAUCACUGGAGGACAUGAUCAUGGCCCAUCUUCUUUCGCUGGUGAAGAUUGCGGAGUGUGAAAGUACCCACACUCUUGGCCCUCUGAUUGUUUCUGCUCCGUCGCCACUUGUAGAGAAGAAUCGGUGCAGCGAAGCGAAACUACUUUGCAGCGAUGAAGCGAAGCGUAUGUACGAAGCCUUGGGCUGGACAUUCCCGCAUUUGGGAAGAGUAUUGGAUUCGAGACACACAUGGCAAAGUCUCAAUUGGCAGCCGAGAUGGAGCUUUGAACAGCUAGUGCAGGACUUUGAAGGCGGUGCCAAUCUGGAUCUCAUCCGCGAUGGGUCCUACUAG